AUGAAUGCUAUAAGCUGGAACUGUCGAGGUUUGGGGCAGCCCUUGGCAGUUCCGAUCUUAAGUGAACUUGUUCGAGUUCACAAGCCUCAAUUUAUUUUUCUUUGCGAGACUAUCUCCACUCGUUCUCGCAUGGAGGAGUUUCGGGUUAAACUUAAUUAUGAAGGUUGUUUUACUGUUGAUUGCGUGGGACGUAGCGGUGGACUUUGCAUGCUUUGGAAGUCCUCCUCUUUGUGUACUCUGAUUGGGUAUUCUAACAAUCACAUCGACAUGCAUGUUUCUGAUAGUCGGGGUGAUUGGCGCUUUACGGGUUUUUAUGGUUUUCCGGAGCGAACUCGAAGAAGAGAGUCUUGGCAGCUCCUUCGUCGGCUUGCUGGGAUCAACUCUUGUCCGUGGAUUAUCUUGGGUGAUUUUAAUGAUCUUCUCGAUCCGGGAGAUAAGAGGGGUCGAGUCGAUCAUCCUAAUUGGCUUUUUACUGGUUUUCGCUCUGCGGUUCUUGAUUGUGGUUUGUCGGAUAUUCCUUUGAUUGGUUAUCAAUUCACUUGGUCGCGGGGUUUGGGUACGGCUAACUUCGUGGAAGAACGUUUGGAUAGAGGAAUGGCUUCUUCUGCUUGGAAGUGUCUUUUUCCAGAAGCCUCGAUUAUUCCCUUGACUGUUCCUAUGUCGGAUCAUGUCCCUUUGUUAUUAAAAUGUUCGAAUAAGGUGAGCUCUCUUGGAAGUCGCAGGUUUCGGUUCGAGAAUAAGUGGUGUCUCGAACCAGAGUUUCCUAACAUUAUUAGUGACUGCUGGAUGAAUCUUCAUGGCUUUAGUAUCAUGGAAAAAUUGGAAGCAGUGACCGAUUCUAUAUCUAUGUGGGCUAGACAUCGUGGACAGAAUUUGGGCCGUGAAAAGACGAGACUUCAGCGAAUGGUUUCCAGUCUACAAGGCAGUUGGGCUUCUAGUGUUGAUGAUGUUCAGGCGGUUGCUUUGGAUUACUUUGUUAAGCUUUUUGAUGUGCCCCAUGGCCAACAAAACUUUCAUCAGGUGUUAGAUAGAUUGACGCCUUGUAUAAACGAUGAAAAGAACUCGGAGCUCACAAAAGACUUCCAUAUUGAUGAAUUUCGGAGUGCUCUUUUUCAGAUGCAUCCGGAUAAAUCUCCGGGCCCGGACGGUCUGAAUCCGAAAUUCUACCAAAGUUGUUGGAAUGUGGUUGGAGAGGAUGUUUUCAAAAGUUGCUCGACCUGGCUUUCCGAUGGCAUGUUUCCUGAUGGUCUUAACCACACUUUGAUCUCCCUGAUCCCGAAAGUUGAUUCUCCGGCUAAUAUGAAAGAACUUCGACCCAUCGCGUUGUGUAACGUUCUCUACAAGAUCGUUUCUAAAGUUUUAUGCAACAGGCUCAGACAUGUUCUACCGGAUCUUAUCGAUAACACCCAAUCAGCCUUUGUGGAGGGAAGGCUCAUUCAAGAUAAUAUUUUGAUCGCUUUCGAAACUAUUCACACGAUGAAGCGGCAGACUAGAGGUAAAUUUGGUUCUUUUGCCUUUAAAAUCGAUAUCAGUAAGGCGUAUGAUAGAGUUAACUGGGCUUAUCUUGAUGCGGUGUUGAGGCGUUUGGGAUUCUGUGAUAAAUGGCGUGGGUGGAUGAGAUUAUGUGUUCAAACGGUGUCCUAUGACGUGUUGGUGAACAAUGUGGCAGUGGGUCCCAUUCUGCCGGGAAGAGGCCUUCGUCAGGGAGAUCCUCUCUCUCCCUAUCUCUUUAUUUUGUGUGCCGAAGGUCUCUCGGCUAUGGUCAAGCAUGAAACUGCUAGAGGCGCGAUGCAUGGUGUGAAAAUGGGGCGUGGCGGUCCUUUCAUCUCUCACCUCAUGUUUGCUGACGAUUGUCUGUUUUUUUGUCGUGCCGAGGCUCAAGAAUGUGAAGUUCUCAAAAGGGUGUUGAGAGAUUAUGAAGAGGCUUCUGGGCAAGCUAUCAAUCUGCAAAAGUCGGGCAUCUUUUUCAGUUCCAAUGUGAGCGAGGUCUUGCGGGCUGAUAUCUCCUCUAUUAUGGGAGUCUCACUCCCUUUAAACACUGGCAGGUACCUUGGGCUCCCCUCCUUGGUGGGACGUAAAAAACGGGAGAUUUUCAGCUAUCUUCGGGAGCGUUUGUGGACUCGAAUUCAGGGCUGGCACAACAAAAAACUUUCGAAAGCGGGCAAGGAAAUUCUUAUAAAAGGUGUUGCCCAAGCUCUUCCUUCUUUUUGCAUGGGAAUUUUCUCUCUCCCAAUUAGCUUGACUGAUGAACUAGAAAGGAUGCUCAACUCUUUCUGGUGGGGUAACAAUGCGGUGGUUGGCAAAGGAAUUAAGUGGCUUAAAUGGGAGAAGCUGUGUAUUGAUAAGAAAUUGGGAGGUCUGGGAUUCCGAAGUCUCCAGUUAUUGAAUGUGGCGCUGCUUGGAAAAACUUGUUGGCGACUUAUUGAGGAACCGGAAGCUCUCAUGUGCCAAGUUAUGCAUGCUAAGUAUUUUCCAAAUGGAGAUUUUCUUUCUGCUGGCAUUGGGCAUAAUCCGAGCUAUACAUGGAGGAGUAUUAUCUCGGCUCAAGAUCUUGUUCGUCGUGGCAUUCGUUGGAGGAUUGGUGAUGGUACUCGGGUCCGCUUCUUUCACGAUCCUUGGCUGCGUACUAAGGAUACUUUCCGGCCUUCUCUAGAACUUUGUCCUCCUCACCUUGCUAAUGUUAUGGUCAGUGACAUGUUGCUCCCUGAUUCUAAUCGCUGGAAUUUUGAUCUCCUUCAAGAGAUGGUGCCAGCUGCUGAUGUUCAAGAGAUUAUGAGCACGCCUGUGUUUUCACGUUCGGGAGCAGAUGAGCUUAUUUGGCACUUUUCAUCUAAUGGCCGUUAUACUGUGAAGUCGGCAUAUCAACUUGCGAGUUCUCUUACUUUGGAUAUCACCUAUAAUGUGGAUGGGAAUUGGGACAAUCUUUGGAAACUUACUGUUCCGCCAAAGGUUAAAAAUUUUCUUUGGCGUGCGGCUCGGGAUAACUUGCCUUCUAAAGCGAAACUCUUGUCGAGAAGCAUUGCGGUUGGAGGGGAAUGCCCAAUCUGCUCUACUGAUUAUGAGACUCUGUGGCAUCUCUUUCUUUGCUGCCCUUUUGCUGAGGAGUGUUGGAGAAUUAGUCGUUUGAGUGGUAUUAUCAAUCCUCUUAUUUCUGCUAGUGAUUCCUUCGUGCAGUUGCUUUUCAAGAUUGUCGAUCAUCCGGAUGGUGUUUUUAAGAUUAAAGCUAGUAUGUUGCUAUGGCAAAUCUGGAAGGACAGAAAUCGCAAGGUUUGGAAUGAAAAGCAACCGGUCCCGGCGACUGCUGUUAUGACAGCAGCCUCGACUUGGACUGAGUGGAGGCUCGCGCGGGGUUCUGGAACUGGACGCAGUUCCCAGCAGGCUGCAACUGCUCUUUGUCUUGGCUGGCAUCCACUACCUCCGGGUUCCAUUAAAUGCAAUGUGGACGCAGCCUUCUUUGAGGCAGAACGGAUGAUGGGGAUUGGCAUGGUUAUAAGGGAUCACAACGGCGCUUUUGCUGUGGGCCGUUCUAUCAAACUGCCGGGCUGUAGAAGCGUGGAAGAAGCAGAACUUGUUGGCAUUAAGGAAGCCUUGUCGUGGAUCAAGGAAUUGGGCUUUACCAAAGGAGUGAUUGAAUCGGAUUGCAAACGGGCUGUUGAUAUGGUUAAAUCGGUGGAGAGAAACAUUUCGGAGUUGGGUGUCAUGGCCUCUCUUUGCCGAGGUGAGCUUGUUUUGUUUCCGGAUCUUCGUCUUAUUUUUGUCAAGCGUGAGUUAAAUGCUAUCGCGCAUUGUCUAGCGAAAGCAGCGAGAAAUUUUAUUUCACAUCAUGUUUGGACUGAACCCCCGAUUGCUGUGGCGGGUCUACUCCAUCUUCCAUGUUCUUGUGAGCAAUAA